AUGAAUAAAGAAUUAGAAGCCAAAAUUAUUGCUUAUUUAGAAAAAUUAGAAAAAAACCAACUUUCCACCAAGUUAAACAAUAAAAAAGAGAGUUUGUUAUUAGCCAAUAAGCAGGCAUACGACCAAUUAGUUAAAAGUCAAAAAGAAUAUCAGGAACUAGUUUCAGUCGCAAGCCAAGAGGAAAGUAAUUUUUUGUUGACUGAAAUUAAGCACCUGGAAGAACAAAAAGAGCAAAUAAUUGCUAAAAUUAAAGAGCAAAUAAUGGAAACAGAAGGAACUAAACAAAACAUUUUAAUGGAAAUUCGCCCCGGUACUGGGGGAACGGAAGCUGGAUUAUUUGCUCAAAUGGUGGAAAGUAAGGUCGAUAGCGAAGCCGGUGUUCACCGCGUCCAGCGUGUUCCCCAAACGGAAAAUAAAGGAAGGAUACACACUUCCACCGCCAGUGUGGUAGUUUUACCAGAAGCCCAAGAUAUUGCCUUAAAUAUUCGCCCACAAGAUUUAAAAAUUGAUACUUAUCGGUCCAGCGGGGCCGGGGGUCAGCAUGUUAAUACUACGGACUCGGCAGUAAGGAUUACUCAUUUAUCUACUGGUGUUAUUGCUACCUCCCAAGACGGACGGAGCCAGCAUGAUAAUAAAGAAAAAGCCUUGUUUAUUCUUAAAAGUCGCUUAUUGGAAAAACUACAAAGUGAUAAAGAAAAAGAAACGGCCCUGGACAUUAAAGAAAAAGAAUUACAAGGAGAAUUACCUACGGAUAAUAAUGUUCCGCCUACUCUGCCUCCCAAGCCUAAUUCUAUUGCCGAAAAACCCACAGGAAUAAUAAGGUUAAGAACAAUUAAUUUUGGCAGCAGUUUAAUAGCAAGUGGUAAACUAAAAUUGACUCCGGAAAGAGAACAGAUUUGCGAACUACAAGCUUGUGAUAUUGAAUUUAUUAACUCAACUAGUUCUGAUUACUCCCUCCAAAAAAAAAAUAUUCCGCUAGAAGCGGUUCGUAAUUUUCCCCAUUUGCGGGCUAAAACUAAUUAUUUUUUAGCAAUUUUUCGUCUGCGGCACUCUAUCAGCAAAGCCGUUCAUGAUUUUUUUCACCAAGAAGGUUUUUAUUAUGUUCCUACUCCCAUUAUUACCAGUAAUGACACGGAAGGAGCAGGUGAAUUAUUUAAUAUUACUACUAACGAAAAAGAACCGUUUUUUUCCAAACCUGCUAAAUUAACCGUCAGCGGCCAACUCCAUGCCGAAGCUCUGGCUCAAGGUUUAGGGAAGGUUUAUACUUUUUCGCCUUGUUUUCGGGCCGAAAAAUCCCAUACUACCCGCCAUUUAGCCGAGUUUUGA